ACCUUCAACUUCUUAUAAGUAGGAAAUUAACCCAAUCCAUCACCAGAAACCAAAUACUUGAAAUUUGCUCUAAUGCCGAAGCCCCCUUUCCUCGCCGCACUGCUCCUCUUACUGAUAUCGUCCACACCAUCCCCCGCCGCCUGCAGGAGUUCAUUCGUCUGCAACCUCGUCAAUUACACCGCCGGCGACCCCUUUUCCAUCACCCUUAACUUAUUGUUCCCCGACUUGGUCGAGGGCGGGUCGGUCCAACCAGGUGAAAAUUACUACAAUAACUACAGUUACCCAUUCUCUCCGGCCUACGGCCGCUCCUCGUGCUCCGGCAGCCUCACGCCCGGAAUUUGCAAGUUUUGCCUUCAAUCAACCGUUGCGGCAUUGAUAAUAAGGUGCUCUAUGGCGGUUGGAGGUCAGGCUAGGAUCGAUGACUGCGGCAUCCGGUACGAGCAAUACGAGUUUCUCUGAUUGGUUUUGGAGCUUUAGGAUUGCGUUUUGUAGUUUCUGAUUUGAUGAUGUUAUUAUUGGUGUCGAUGCACUGUUUGAUGAAUUUCCCAA